AAAAAUAAUCGAAACAAAAUAAUAAAUAUUAAUAAAAAUGACAGACGAAGCUAAUUUUGCGGACCAAAUAGAAAACGAAAAAAACAGAACAAAUGUGCGAUGUCAAUUUUGCAACAGCCUAAUGCUAAAAGCCAAAGAGGCGAGCUACUGUGAGCAAGAGGUGAACGUGCCGCUAAUGGUACAGAAGAAGGAUAGUAAGUCUGAUUCGCUUAACACAGAGACCCUACAUCAUUUCUGGCUGGUCGAGGAUAUGAUGACAUUCGAAAAUAUUGGCUUCUCCCACACUGUGGAUGGACGCAAAUUUCUAGUCUGCGCCGAUUGCGAGCGCGGUCCAGUUGGCUAUCACGAGCUCUCCACCAAACGUUGCUACCUGUCGUUAAAGCGUGUGGUGCACGUGGAUGCCUAGGUGAACAGUUGUACCACCUGUGCAUAUUAUAAGUGCUAUAAUCCUGAGCCAUGCACACAGCAAGCUUUUAGCAUAAUAUAUUGGAUUGCUUUCGUUGUACCGCUGUUCACAUAGCUUUUUGUCCGGAAUAUCAUGUUCUGACUGGCAUUAAGGUUUUAUAAUACAUUUUGAAACUCUUGUAAAACAUUUGACACUUAUAUUACGUAAAACAUCAACAAUCAUGAACAUUUACAGUGCAGUACUCUAGGGUUAUUGUACAUGAAAGUAAUAACUGGAUUAGUGAACGGGUUAUCUGUAGAUAUGCAAACCUUCUAGAGUCUAAUGCCAGUUUCAGAGUUCAGCAGUCAUUGUCGACAGUUUCAGUAGCACAAUAGUCCGUUCUCAGCCUAUUUUAAGCUAAGUGUAAAGAGUAUUUUUUGGUCGGCUACAGCCGAUUCUGCUAAUUAUAAAUGUAAACAAUAAACUUUUGUAAUAUUAUGAUUUAAGCUCAUGAUGCCCACAAGAAAAGUAGAAAAGAAUACCACA